AUGGGCGAGGAAGCGUAUACAACUUUUGAAAACACCAAUGUCACUGUGGAUGAGAUUCUAAAAUGCUCUUUUUCCAACUGGUGUGGGCUAUUCAAUGACAACUUGUACCCGUAUAGAGUAAUCAAUCCACUCCCGCCUAGUUUCAUUGACUACUUGUUAAGUGAUGGGAUAAAACUAGCAACAAGUCAAAAUACGUUACAACAAACUAGUGAUAAUGAGUAUAGUGACUGGGAGGAAGAUGAUGUGGAUGAGUCUGAGCCUGUGCAUUUGAAGUUUAUAGAUUUGCAUGAUCAAAUUAACAAGUACGUGGGAGAGUUGGGUGGCAAGGUGAUUCCCAAGCUAAACUGGUCUACGCCGAAAGAUGCUAGCUGGUUGAUGCCAGGAAACACAAUUCGAAGCAUUGAAGCUAACGAUAUAUACCUACUUUUGAAAUCGUCCGACCAUAUCAUUGAUGAUUUGUUGUAUCCGUUUCUGGAAGUGGGCAACGCAAAGGAAGUCAAAGUGUCGUAUGAAUUGGUGUUGAAAAAGUGGGUGGAUAUCAACCCUGCUUUGGAAUUCAGGGUGUUUGUUAACGAGGGGAAGAUUUUGGGGAUAUCGCAACGUGACUUGAAUUAUUACGACUUUUUAAAGGAUUUAGAGUCUGAGUUGAAUCUGAGGAUAAGCCUGUUUGUUUAUGAUGAGGUGACUCCGAAAUUUACAAAGCUUGGCUUGGGUAAAUUCAUCCUCGAUGUUUAUGUGCCAAGACCAUUUAAUAAGGUUUGCAUUGUUGAUGUUAAUCCAUUUCAGCGAAAAUCUGAUUCAUUAUUGUUUACCUGGAACGAGUUGUUGAUAAGGCACCCUGAGGCUGACGAUGAUUACGACUUCCGGUUAAUCAAUGAGACGAAUCUUGGGGCUUUUGCCAAGAAGCAGCACAGUGAAAGUCAAGUACCGAUUGAUGUUGUUGGUGCAGCAAAUGAUACUGAAGCAUUGAUCAAUUUGGCUAGAGAGUGGGACAAAUUGCAAGCAAAAGAGGGAAUUUCUGAAAAGGAUGAGGAGUCGAGCUGA